CCCAGCCCUGAUUUUCCUCUCUAUCGUCCCUCUCCUGACUUUUCCACCCUCAACUACUCUUUGAAAUUUUCCCUAGGUCCCUCAGAUGCAGGAGCCAGAGGGCCUUCCAGCCUCACCCCUUGACUCUCAACAACUAGCCCGUCUGUCUCUCCAUUCUCGAGCCUGGCACUAUGCCCCACAGCCGGUCUACCUCCCCUCCCCCACCUUUGGGGCCGCCCCAGGGCUCCUGGGCUCUGGCCGCUCCUCCUGGGUGUCACUGGCCGCCCAACUCUGUCCUUCUGAGAGAGACUGACACCCAAUUCAGCUGAAGCCAGAGGAGGCUGGGGUGGGAGGUCUCAAGAUAACACUGUCCCCACACGUGGGGUGCCAGGAGCAGCACCCCACGGUGCCCCUGGCUUGCUUUCCUCCUCCCGCUUUACUUUUCCCUUGUGUAACGCCCUUCUUACCUUCUGCACCACUGCCUGCACCUUCACUGUUCCUGCGACCUCCUUGCCACCCCACUCCUGAGGCCGCUGCUAUUGGCAGGAUUUCCAGCUGAUGCCAAGCUCAUCUCCUUCCUUGCUAACUCCCAAGGGGUCCCCGGGAGACAUGGGGGGCAUGGUUCGAGAACCGGCACUCUCAGUUGCCCUCUGGUUGAGUUGGGGGGCAGUGCUGGGGGCUGUGGCUUGUGCCAUGGCUGUGAUGAUCCAACAAACAGAGCUACAAACCCUCAGGAGAGAGGUGAGCCAUCUUCAGAGGACCGAGGGCACCUCCGCGAAGGGGGAAGGGCACCCAUGGUCAGGCCUUCGGGAGCAGAGCCCUGACACACUGGAAGCCCGGAAGAACGAAGAGAGAGUGCGAAGGAGGAGAUCAGAGCUCACCCAUAAACAGAAGAAGCAGCGCUCACUUCUGCACCUUGUUCCCAUUAAUGUCACCUCCAAGGAGGACUCUGAUGUGACAGAGGUGAUGUGGCAACCGGUUCUCAAGCGUGGGAGAGGACUGGAGGCCCACGGACAAGUUGUUCGAGUCUUGGAGACUGGAAUUUAUCUGCUGUACAGCCAGGUCCUGUUUCACGAUGUGACUUUCACCAUGGGUCAGGUGGUGUCCCGGGAGAGCCGGGGAAGGCAGGAGACUCUAUUCAGAUGUAUCCGAAGUAUGCCUUCCGACCCAGAUUGGGCCUACAAUACCUGCUACAGUAGCGGUGUCUUCCAUUUACACCAAGGGGAUAUUCUGAGUGUUGUAAUCCCCCGUGCAAGGGCAAAUCUGAGCCUCUCUCCACAUGGAACCUUCCUGGGGUUUGUGAAACUGUGAUUGUGCUAUAAAAGAAAAAAAGAAAGAAAGAAAAAAGAAAAAGGGGAAAAAAGGUGGUUCUGCGCUUGAAGAUCAGGGCGGGUACAUGUUGAAAACAUUCAGGAGCUAACUAGACAAAGGAUUGAGAAGGGGCAGAAACAGGUUUGAAAGCUCAUUACUCUUUGCUCUUCCUCCUAUCCCAUCCCUAUCUCCCCGCACCCAGUCUGAUUUCAUGGACAUAAAAGAGGUAGAGUAUCUCACUUCUAUUCCCCACCCAUCCACAGAUUCUUUUGUUGUUUUUCUUUUGGUGCCAGAUAGAAAGGCUCUCAUAAAUGCUAUGCUGUGUCCUACCAGUGAGUUACAACUCCAGGCCAGUUCCUGGAGGGGUGAGGAAGGAGGGAUAGUACAGCGUGUAGGGUGUUUGCCUUGGCUAACCUGGGUUCGAUCUCUGCACCCCAUAUGGUUCCCCCAGUUCUGCUAAAAAUGAUUCCUGAGCACAGAGCCAACAGUAAUUCCUGAGCAUCGCCGGUGUGACAAAAACAAACAAACUCCAAAUCCCACCAAUUCCUGGGGGUGAGACAGGGAGGUGAGGAGAGAAUGCCAGGUAUGGUUCUGCUUUGGAACUCACUGGAAUGCUUCCAGAACAGCAUCACCAUCUAGUGGCAAUUUGAGAGAAUCACGCUGCUUGUGGGAGGAAGUUCAUCAGCCUCCCGCUUCAACCAGGAAACAACUCUGGUUCCCUCUGCCACACCUUUUCAUCUUUAGCGCACCAGAGUCAUCCUUACUUCCUUCUCUUCGGCUUUUGAACUCCAGGUUACUCCCCUAUCUCCAGAGGUGUAUAUUUAUUAUAUGUCCCCCUGAAGGGGGUGACCGAUUACGACGGUCCGUUUGCAGUCACAGGACUCUGCGGGUUCCAUUUCUGGCUGCGCUCAGGUUCACUCCUGGCGAGCUCGGGGGGCCAUAUAGGAUGCCAGCGAUCGAACCCGGCUGGGCCUCCCCCCAUGCAAGUGCACUACCCUUUAUAAUAUCGCUCUGGCCCCAUUGGGUCCAAUGGGAUGAGACUCGAAAACCCUCUGGGUUGGGAGCCUGGGAGGAAUCCUACGCCUUGAAUCCUCCGCUAGUCUACCUCACACGUCUGAACACUUCCCGUUUAAGCCCUGCUUUAGUGAACUAAAGGAGAACAACCAAUACUUCGGGCCUACUACCCCUACUGCCUGGCCUCAGCUCCGGCCCCGUACUGGAUAUUCUUGCUCUCCCAGGUCUCGUCGGAUGCGCCCUAAGCCCAGGGGACCCCGACCCCAGUUUGAGAUCCCCUAAGAGGCGAAGAGCGCAGCAGCACAGGACACGCAGGCGCAAAGGGGC